AUGGAAUGGAGAGGUAUUGCAUACAUCACAUUAUGGUUUCUGAGUAUUACAAGUGGAUUUCUUGCUCUUUGUUGUCCACUAGUACCGUUGAUGUUCGUUUAUCCGCACGCUUUCCGUUAUAUUAUAGGCAUCAUAUUCUCUGUGUGGGAGAUGUAUCCCACCAUAUUGAUGCGUCUGUUGUUCAACACUCGUUUUAUAAUAACUGGUGAUCACAUUAAUCCAUUUGAUGGUGCAUUGUUAAUAAUGAAUCACCGUAAUCGGUUGGAUUGGAAUUUUUUGUGGGGUGGUAUGUAUUACAGUUCCAAACCACCUGCACAUAAGCUGAAAAUGGUACUUAAAUCAGCUAUUCGACAUGUACCUUUUGCUGGUUGGGUGAUGCAAUUAUCGGGAUUUUUAUACAUACAUCGUCGCUGGGAUCAUGACCAAUCCUCAAUGGAAAAACAGUUAAAAUACUUCCGUGACGUAAAUGAUACUCAUCAGAUUCUAUUGUUCCCUGAAGGAACAGAUCUAUCGCCAAGCAAUAUUAUGCGUAGUAACAAAUAUGCCGCAAAAAACAGUCUUCCUAAUUAUAAAUAUGUGCUUCACCCAAAGACUACAGGUUUUGUAUUCCUUGCUGACACAAUGCGAAAAAAUAAGCAAAUGAAAGCAGUGUAUGAUUUGACUAUUGGUUAUCCAGAUUUAUUACCACAAAAUGAAAUGGAUGCUUUAAGAGGUGUAUUUCCAAAAAAUGUGCAUUUUCAUAUAAAACGAUAUGAUGAGACAGAUUUACCAUUAACUUCAGAUGGUUUAAAAGCAUGGUUAAAUGAUAUUUGGAAGCUGAAAGAAAAAAGAUUAGCUGAUUUUACUGCCACUUCGUCGUUUUCAUCAGAUCCUCAAGCAACACUCAAUAAUAAUCAACCCAUUGAUAAUGCCCUCUAUUUAGCUCUAAUAUUUUGGACACUAGUUCAGAGUAUUGUUAUAUAUGCUAUGUUAACAUCAUCACUCUUCCAAUACUGGUGUUUGUUGUGCUGCAUAGUAUUUUUAGGCUUCUCAUAUACUGAAGAUGGUUUCCAAAUGUUUGAAGUCAAAUUAUUUGAUUUUACAAGAAAAAGAGAAAAAAAAACCUAA